CUUCCGAUAUCAACGUACAAGGAACACAGCUUGGGGGAGUUACGCGAAUUGCUUUAAAAAACUGUGGGUGGAUGUGUUUAAAUGAUGAUGUAAGUUUUUGGGUCCAUGCCUGUAGCCUACACCAUUUGUUCAUAAAUAUCAAGAAAAACUAGUUGUAGUUGCAUCCGUUCACGAGGAGGACACUUGUCCAAGCUUGCUGUUUUCUUCCGCUAGUCUUUUCUUUUUUCUGUUCCUCUCGGUACCAGAGCACCGUUUCACGCCCAAAUAACCGAACGAACCAACUCCAUUAAAAAAACUUCGUACCCCCCGUUUGCGUUUUUCAGUAUCUUAUUUCUCUUCAUUUGGGAAAGCAGCGCCGCUUACUUUUCGGCCACCCCCUCCCCCAUCUGUAGCAAGGAGCAUAUAAAACCGCAACGACAGUUUGCAAGAGGAAGAAGAGAGCAGAGAGGAGAGAUGGCCGAGAACAAGUCGAAUUCUGGCGGCAGUGGCUCGGCCGGGAUCUUCGCCAGGCGUGUCCAGAAGCAGCUGAGUCGCGCUCAGGAGAAGGUCUUGCAGAAGCUGGGGAAAACGGUGGAGACCAAAGAUGAACAGUUUGAACAGUGCUCUCAGAAGCUCCACAAACAACAGAGCGAUGGAAACCGCCUUUUCAAAGACGUAAAGGCAUACUUCAAUGCUGUCAAAGUGAUGCGUGAGACCACGAAGCGGUUGUCCCAGUCGCUGAAAGAUGUGUACGAAGAAGACUGGCAAGGUGGAGAUGACUUGGCAGUUAUUGUGGAAAGUGAAGACCUUCUGUGGAACGACUACGAGGAGAAGUUGGCAGACCAAGCUGUCCGCAUCAUGGAGAAUUACAUAAGCCAGUUCCCUGAAGCCAAGGAAAGAGUUGCCAAACGUGGCAGGAAGCUAGUGGACUACGAUUCCUCCCGCCACCACCUGGAGGCACUGCAGAGUGCCAAAAAAAAAGAUGAAAUCAAAAUAGCAAAGGCUGAGGAAGAAUUUCACAAAGCUCAGACCGUGUUCGAGGACAUCAAUCGAGAGCUGAGGGAAGAGCUGCCCGUCCUCUAUCAGAGCCGAAUAGGAUGCUAUGUGACAGUCUUUCAGAACGUCUCCAAUUUAAGGGAUGUGUUCUACAAGGAAAUAAGUAAGCUGAACAACAAUCUGUACGAUGUGAUGAAGAAGCUGGAGAUGCAGCACUCAGACAAGGCCUUCAUCAUCAAGGGCUGGGAAAGCAAUAGCGCUGGGACUGCUUCUAAGAAGAGGCGAUCCCUGAUGAUUUCCGCCCCAAUCCCCUGCAACACGGCGUUCCCCUCGGACCACGGCUCCAGCCUCGGGCCCAUCCAGGGGGAGGACCAGAAGAAAAUGGCCGCCGAUGCCGCCGUUCCCGCCGAGCAGGCCGCCGACGCGGCCGGCUCCUCCCCCGGAGAGGCCUCCGAUCCCGAGGAGCCCGAGGUGAACUCGGACGACUGCAGCGACCCGCCCGCGGCCGCGAGCGACGAAGAGGCCGCGCGUCCGGUGCACGAGGAAGAGGGGCGGGAGAACGAGGGGAAGGAGGAGGAAGAGGACGAGAAAGGCCCGGAGCCGUGCGCGGCCCAGGCGGAGCGGGACCCCGCAGAGGAAGGCCCGGCCGAAAAUCCAGGACGGGGGGAGAACGGCGAGGAUGGGAGCACGGCGGCACCCGGGUCCGACCCGGAGGAUGGGAGCACGGCGGCACCCGGGUCCGACCCGGAGGAUGGGAGCACGGCAGCGCCCGGGUCAGCCCCGGAGGACAGGAGCGCGGCACCCGGGUCCGACCCGGAGGACAGGAGCGCGGCACCCGGGUCCGACCCGGAGGACCCGGCGCCCGGGGAUGCCGACGACAGACCGGUACCGGCUCCCCGCAGAGCUUCGGAGAAAAGGAUCAGCCUCAAACUGGACACGAACGGCGUGGAGGCGGAGCCCGCGGGCGCAGUCGAGACCGAGAAUCCACCCGGGUUUCUCUACAAGGGUGUGGCGAAAGAGAGCCAUGUAUCCGAGGAAGAGGGACAUCUGCAGUUCGAGGAAGGAGAUGUAAUUCUUGUCAUCAGCUAUGGUGAAGAAAUGCCCAAAGGCAUGGCCAGAGGAGUGAAGGAAAGCGACUGGAUCCAGCACAAGGAUCAACUGGAUCACUCCGGGAUCUUCAUGGAGAACAGGAUUCGGCAGGUUGAUGCUGAGUAGCGCUCAGGUUUCUCUUGCGCUUCCUUGGUCCAUUGUUGGGGGGAAAAGACAGAGACGCAAUACAUGCAGCCAUGGGCUUGUGUGCGCUAGAAACUUCCGGGAGCCAGACUGUCAUGCCCUGACCAUAAAACUUUUUGAAGGACAGACUUGUGUCCCAGGACUGUGAAUCUCAUAUUUUUUUCAUCAGGCAGAAUCAAAUGAACACAGUAUCUUCAGCUUUGCCUGGUCCUGGCCUCCCCUUCAAAGUCCUUCAGCAGCCAAUCAGCAUGAGAGACGAGGCUCCUAUGUGUCCCCAGCAGGUAUGCGAUUGGCUGAAAUUAUAGCUCCUCCUGGCUAACUACAAUCUAUGAUCCUGUGCCAAUACAAACUGCUGUAUGCACUGAUAUUAUGUCUUGUAGUAAGCUCUCCUGCAUACAGAAUCCAUAGUUGUUUAAUAUAUAAUGAAUCGUCCCAAGAAACAGUUCAGAUUUAUAGUAAACUAAAUUCUAAAGAGAUCAAUUGUAAUACUGAUAGAAUAUAAUCCAUGGGUGUUUUGUCUCCCAAACUGAGUAUUGCGUUUUCAGAUUUCACAGCUGAACUCUUGGAAUGGACACUUAAUGUAGCCAAAUGUUAGCAUCCUGAUUUUAAGAAAGUCACAAAGGCAUAAAUGAGCACCUUUUUUAACUCAUGCUGUGAAUUGCAUCUGUGUACAAGUGUUUUUUCAAAUGUAACUGUUCUGUUUUUCUGUCAUAUUACAAAUAUGUGACAAAAUUAUUGAGAGCAAUGCUUGCUCAUAUGGGUGAGCCAUAUUAUAGGUCACUUAUGAAUGUUUUAAAUUUAACCAAAAUAAAAGUUUGAACUUAAAUAGGGCUUGAAAUAACUUCAAUUUCGAAGUCAUAUUGUCUUUUAUUUUUGUUUCUUCACAAGAUGAGAGGGACACUGAUGUCGUGAUGAGUGUUAAAUGUUUUUGUCUUCCUGAAAUGUUCAUGUUUUAUAUGAGAAUUGUUUAAAAAAAUUAAUUUGCAACAGACUUGGAUAAGCUACAUUAGCUGAAUAUCCUUGUACUCAAUUACUGUUCUUGCAUAUGACCAAGUGAAAUGUAUGACUUGUGUGUUUCUGCAGUCAUAAAUAUUUUAAAUUUUCAAAGCUUAUUGUUUCAAAAUCAAAAUAAUAAAACAAUUACCAAA